AUGUCAAUCGGAUUAGGGAUGCUCUUUGUGGUAGAGAACGGACCGACGAAGUUGACCAAGGACCUUGCCGCCACCACCACCGGAUCUUCCAAAAGGGGUCAGGACUCUGUUCAAGUGUUGGCUCGUGCUCUCGCAGUCGCUCGUCCAUUCCCGGAAAUGGAAUCUACGGUUUAUGCUCCAGCUGUACAGGUGAAGAGAAAGCUAAAGAAUGGUUCUUUAUCGGUCAAGCCGAAACCUGGGUUCCCCUGGUUGCAUUUUCAUCGGAUUUGUAUUGAACAAAGAGAUCCAUCAGAGAUUGUGAGGGAGUCUGAGGUUUCAUAUCAUAGGUUCAAAAGUUGGAAACACGUGAGUAUUCGCACUCUCUCUCUCUCUCUCUCUCUCAAACAAGCAAAAGAAGAACAAGAGAAAGCAGGCCGUGAGUUCGAUGAGCUACAAAGAGCUGAAGAAGAAGAGGAAGCAAGUUUAGCCUCGCAGAAACUUCUUCUCGCGUCUGAUUCUGAGAAUGUAGCUUCUCUUGCAGCUACUGAAACAAAGGAGAAACUUGCAGCUGGUUCUACAGUUCGACUUUUAUCACUGACAUUCGCUGAGUUCGUUGGCAACCUCAAGAAACUGAACCGGAAAACAGCAAAGGCAACGGUGGGAUUUACUUUGUUUGGAAGUUGA